UUCAUACUUUUCAUUUUUAAACCGUGUAAAAAACAAACAAGGCCGAGUAAAAUAGACAGCAUAUCCUUGUCUUUGGCUUUGUUCCGUUUUCCCUUCUCAACAACCUAUUGCUAUGGCAUCUCUCACUCGAAGAGAGAAGGAAAGAUGUCCCACAGCAGGGAGCCGAAGGUAUUGGACAGAUGCGCCUCAAUGUAAAUCAUCCAGAUUUGACUCUGAGACGGGGAGCGGUACAGUACUACACGAGGACUGUCAAUCAACAGAUCGCCCCUCUCCAGAGGGUGCAGGGUCCAACGCCGACCCUCAUGGAGUUCCGUGGCCAAAAACGGAUGUCCCAUCCCGAGGGUCUCUGACGAGACCCUGCGCCGGAGGACCUGGGAUUACCAGUGGAUUUGAUACUGUUAGACCCCCCAUGGUGGGAAGUUGGAGCGUUCGGAAAUCUGACGGAAAAGUUAUUUGUGAGCAUUGCACGGCGACUGUGGCUGUACUAAAGAUACACGCACGGAGCCUCGUCAUUCCUCAAUAUAUCUCAUGCAAGGACUCCACCUUGUCAGCCUAUCUCCACGACAACCUCCAAACCCACAGUGGUACCAUAGACGUCUGGGCUGUGGAGGACGAGCAGAGUGGCUGUGACGUCUGUGGUGCCCACCUGAGCCAGCUGAAGCAGGAGGCCAUCCACCUGAUCCUAGCCAGGGAGGAGCGUGCCAAGUGGGCCACUCCAUCUCCCGCCAAGCCCCUUCCUGGAUCCACCAAAGCAGCACCAUCUAGCCCCCACCUCUCACGCUCUGCCAGGACCCAUGGUUCCUCUGCCAAGCCCUCCCCUGGACCUCGAUCCACCACCUCCACAGCACCAUCUAGCCCCCGCCUCUCAGGCUUCACCAGGAGUCAAAGCCCCCAGAAGACCCACCCUAGGAGGAUCCUGAAACCCACCCCAGCUGAGAUGGAGAGAUGGGUUGAGGAGCAGCAGCACCUGGCCUCCUCCAUAUCAAUGUCCAGCAAUAAUGGAGUCACCAUCUUUCCCUGUCAGUUUUCAGAGGAGUUCUCAGAGGGACCGAAUGAGACUGUGGCUGUCCAGAGCAGUCCAAUGGCUCCUGCAAUUUUGUCCUUUCUGGUCAGGGCAGCCCAGAAACUGAGCCUGACGUCGAGGAGGAAGAGCCAAAUGUCUGCCCCCUCUCCCGUGUCUCCUCUCCCCCAUUACAACACCUGCUACAGGGGCAUCAUCCAGAGGUCUCCACCCACAGUCCCCACCUGCCUCCUUCAAGCUGCCAACCAACUCAAAGACGCACCCAACUUUGGCAAGGUCAAAGUGGUGCUGCGAGUCUGCCCCUCUCCCACCGUGCCCACUUCCCAACCCCAGCCACCCAUUCUUAGGGUGGACCCAGCCAAGAGAAGGGUCACCUUUAUUGAUCCUACCACCAACCACAAUCAACAGCCACACUCCAACUCCACGCCGACACACGCUGGGGAAGCCAAGGGCCACUCUAAGACAUAUGUCUUUGACGCAGCCUACCCCCUAGAGUCAACCCAGGCGGAGGUGUGUGUAGGUAUUCUGCCUGACGUCAUCCGUUCUGUGGUCAACGGGGCAGACGGAUGUAUUCUGUGUUUUGGACAUGGUGAAGCAGGGAAGUCGCACACCAUGAUGGGUAGUGAUAGCAGCAGCCAGAGUUUAGGGGUCAUCCCGUGUGCCAUCUCCUGGUUCUACAGUCACACAGAGAGGAGGAGGAGGGAGAGGACUGGGGCCAGCCUGGCUGUGUCUGUGUCCGCUAUGGAGGUCUGUGGGGAGGACGAGACCCUCAGGGACUUACUGUCAGGCAACCUCCAGGACAGCCCAUCAGCAGACCUUUAUCUCUUUGAGGACCCCAUCUAUGGAAUACAGCUUCGGCACCACAGUGUGGUAUCUGCCCCCAACGCCGAGAGAGCUGCCUUCCUGCUGGAUGCAGCCAUCGCAUCGCGCCACCGUGCCGGCGGCCCGACGAGUGGAGCUCGCAGUGACAUCACCACACCAUCGUCCUCCUCCAGCUCCCAUAUGUUUUUUACUCUGCAUGUCCAACAGCAGCUCGCAGAGGGCAGCGGCAAAGUACCAGGGGGUCAUAGCAGGUUGAUCAUGAUAGACCUGGCUAACAGUAUAAAGGGGACCAGUAGAACCAGUGACAGCAGAACAGGACGUCCUGAGUCUGAACUGGGCAGUGUUAUACUGGCCCUACUCAACAAUGGAAACAAAAACAUCCCCUACAGAGAUAGUAAAGUGACCAUGCUGCUACAGGAGUCUCUGGGUAAUAUUAACUGUCAUACGACCGUGCUGGCCCAUGUGACUGACUCACCAGAACACUUCCCAGAGACACUCUCCACUGUCCAAAUUUCCUCGCGCAUUCGCAGGACACAGAAGAAGGCAAACCAUUCAACAUCCUGCUCUCCCAGUGGUAGAAGUCUGACUAGAGAGAGGAGUGGAGGGAGUAGUCCCUUCUCUCUCAGAGCGUUUCACUCUACCAAUGCUGUGGACUCUGACCUCAGUGACCUGCCCCAGCUCAGGCUCGGUGGCGACCUGCUGGAUAACCACUCCAGCAGCAACCAGUGCUGUGACACGGUCAUCCACGUCAACCCCGAUGGCUCGGUCCAGCAGCCCAGUGCGGAGCUGACCCAGCAGGGCCAGGGCCAGUCGGAGUUUACCCCCAUUAUCCACUCUCUACACCAGAAUAAGGCUGAAGCGGAAUCGGAGGAUGCUGAGCUUUCUGCUCUAAAGAAAGAGCUAUUGCAGCACCUUCUAAACAUCAUGCCCAGACUGCAGGGAGAGAAGAAGAAGAAUGAGAGCAUCAUCCAAGAACAACUUCCUCAGAAUACAGCAGAAGUGGGCCAAUGUGAGAGGAACUUAAGUCUUAAGUGUGACACUUUCGCAGAGCUGCAGGAGCGACUCGGGUGCAUCGACGGCAGCGAAACAGUUACCAAGUCAUCGUUAAAAGAACCUUCUGCCAUGACCGAGUCCCUUCCAGUCCCCCAAGAUGGCUCAGGCAGAACUGAGACUGUGGAGAAUACCUCCUUCUUGAAACUACUGAAUAUGAAGGUGAAGUGGUGUGAGCUUUCCAUUGUGGGCGAGAAAGAGAGCCUGGUGACAGAUGGCAGUCUUCCGGUCGACAGUUUUCAGAGAGAGGACUCUGGUCUGUAUGACUGUGAGGAGGGAAGUGCAGCCAGCUCCAAAGAGGACCAACCAAACCCCUGUGGCUCUAUCAGUAUACAUCCAGCCUGCCAGAACCAAGGCAACCCCCCUGAGUACAGCUUUCUUCCACAGCACAGUGACAUCUACACUCAGAUCAGCCCGGUGCCAAGCUCUCAUCCUCCUCUGUCUCUUCUUCCCCUGCCUCUGGAGCCAGCUGGAUACCCAGGGAGGUCUGGCUUGCAGCAACACCAGACCAGGACCUCUCCGGCGGGCAAGAGCACUCCUAUAUCCCCCUCUCUCUCUCCAUCCCUCCUCUCCCCCUCGUCCUCCACCACCUCCUCCUUGGCUACCAGUGUUCUCCUAGGAGAGAUGAUCCUUCCCCAGCUUUCCAAGCUGCCUACUACAGAGUCGGACCUGAAGGAGAUGAAGGCCACCAUCACGGUCAUGGUCCAGCAGCCGUUGGACCAGACGGGUCAGGAUGAGCUGGUGUUCACCAUGGUGGAGGAGGUGACCAUCAGCGGGGCGCUGGAGAGAGGAGGCCGGGCAGGGAACAUCAUCAGGAUCAGGGAUGCCCACUCCUCCUCUGGCCAGGCUUCUUCAGGGUCAGUACUGGGUUCCCUUCCCAUCAGGAUUAUCAGUAACAUUAGUGAAGAUUCUACAGGUUCCACUAUCAAGGCCAUGGACCCUGCUACUACCACUAAGAUCAUGGCUGUGGAAGUCAACACCAAACCCAAAGCCAUGUCUUCUCUCUCCAGGGUGGAGAACCGGGUCUUGCCCUCCUUUAUAAACCCCUCGCUCGCUGACCUCAGUAGGAGUAGUGAUGCGGAGGGGUCUCGUCAUCGCCGAGGGGUUUCUAACACCCGUUUCACGCGAGCGGAUGCUUAUGCUGAACCCGAGAAGAAAGAUCAUCUGAAAGGUUCAGGAAGUAAAACGGCGAUGGAGACAGAAGGUGCGUUCUAUAUUACUGAGAGGAAUCACGAGAAGAAUACCAAGGAGAGCGUUUUGAUGCCUUUCCCAGGUGAAACUAAUAGUAUUGCAUCAUGUGACACACAUGCCUGGGAGGAGACCGGUUGCUAUGAGAUGAUGUCAUUAGAGAAUAGGGCCAGAGGGAGGAGUGGUAACCAAGCAGAAAGGAGCUAUCCCAGAGGAGGGGAGUUCACCACCUGUUCCCUAACCUGUUAUGACCGGGUCUUACCUGUUCCAUCUUCCCUAAUUACUCCAAAGACACCAGGGGACAGUAGUGAAAGGAGCAGGAAUACACCAGAGAAUUGUAUCCCUGGUUACCUUGCAGCUACCCACCACAAAACAGCCAGUCUACCAAGAGGCUGGCAUAAUAUCAACAAGCAGGAGAGCUAUGUAAUGAGCGAGGAGUAUAAAGAUAAAGCCCCAGACGUUACAUCAUCCACCCCUGGUAGUCCCUGGGUGACCCUGGAGAGGAGGCCAUCCUCAGCCAGGCAGGGAAUCUUCUCCUGUGCCAGGGAGAGCCUCCCUCUCCCCUUCUCACCAGCUCGGAAGUACAGCCUGGAGCAGCAGCAGAGACAGAGAACUAGUAACAGUCCUCUCAGCACAGCCAGUAGUUCACCGUUGGAGCCCAAGCCAUCCACUCGGAGUGUUAGACAUGAUAGCGGCAAGAUGGAAUCUCCCAUAGAGGAAAGCAGUAGGCUCUUCAGUGCUAAACUAGAGCAGUUGGCAAGCAGGACCAACUCUUUAGGUAGAAUACCACUGGAGUUCCACACUCUGGACCGAGGCAGUAGCCUAUCCUCUGUGAGCUCCAUGGGGAGCUCCAAGGGCUCCAAAGGGAGUUGGGAAGGGGAGUCCAGCCAAUCCACCCUAACCCGGGCCAGCAGGAGCCCCACGAGGGCCCCUAGGUCCAUUCCCUUGACUGACAAAAACACCUCCUACACAGCCCAUUCUCCCAAAACCAACAGGUCAACCUUUAUAACUGAGCCCAACACCACCACCUCCACAGCCCUCCAGUCUCCUAGAACCAGCCGAUCUAAGCUCUCCGCGGUGGGGAAACUGAUGAUGACCAGCCCUAAGGUCCGCCGGAUAUCCAUCCCCAUCCCCAGUACCAAGAACCUCAGCUUCUCUCCCAAAGCGUUCCGUCAGUCCAUCAACAGGAGCGCCAGUCUGUCCCCUGAUGGAAAGAGACCUGAGCAUGGUCCACCCUGGUCCACCCAGUCUCUAAGCCGAAACCAGACCCCCUCGCCCCAGACCCUACCACCACGCCUCAUAGCAAAGUCCCCUGUCCGGGUAAUCAACGGGCGCAUCUCAGAGCUCCUCCAGAUCGGCAGAGAGCCCUACCCCUCUGGCGGGGCCUCCGGAGGACUAGUUCUAGACAAGAUGGCAGCAGCGGCUGGAGCUGCCUGUAGAUCCAUGGGAGAGGUUCAUCCUGUUCACCCUGUACCCUCACCCUAUGCCAGGGUAACAGCGCCUCGCAGGCCCAACCACCUCAGCGGGCAUGCCAGUGAUGUCACUAGUGUGUUGAGCGGGGAGCUGCCCCCGGCCAUGGGUAAGACAGCGUUAUUGACCAAUAGGAACAGCGUGGUGAGCAGUGGCUAUGAGAGCAUGGUUAGGGACAGCGAAGCCACAGGGAGCAUUACCUCCAACAGAGACUCUAUCAGCAAUAAGAGCUGUUCUAUGAUCAGUGUGGCCCGAAGUGAGAGGAACCCCAAAAGGAGGAGCAGCAACGGUUCACACCCGCGGCAUCUGUCCAAUGACAUGUCCCAAUCUCUGAGGAGGUCUGCCAGUGGGCCCAGGUCUCGCUGGGUGGACAGGGGCAUCUCAGAGGCCUACGAGAUCAAGGUCUAUGAGAUAGAUGACGUGGAUAGGCUGCAGAGGAGAGGAGGAGCAGGCAAACAGGGAAUAGCCUGCUUCAGUGCCAAACUCAAGUUCCUGGAGCACCGUCAGCAGAGGAUCGAAGAGGUGAGAGCCAAGUACAACAGCCUGAAGAGAGAGCUGGUGCUGGCCAAACAGAAUCUCAUGCUGGAGCCAGGGAAAUGGAACCAAGAGUUUGACCUGUGGCAGACGUUUGAGGUUGACUCCCUGGAACACCUGGAAGCGUUAGAGGUGGUCACGGCGAGGCUGGAGAGCAAGGUUAACCUCUGCAAGGCCAAUGUCAUGAUGGUCACGUGCUUCGACGUCGCCACCAAGCGCCGGCAAGCGCGGAGACGCCGCCGGACAGAACAGCAGCAAGGAUUCAUGGGGAUUUAGUGUCAUUUUGUUCCCAUUGUUGUUAAUAGAUGUACAAAGAGAGAGAUUUUACAAAGAAAGAGAAAAAGAGAUGUACAGAGAGAUAGAGAGAGAGAGAGAGAGAGAGAGAGAGAGAGAGAGAGGCCAUUAAUGGAAUACCACCGUCUUUUUAUGCUUAUCUGAAUUCCACUUGAAAACAUACACAGGUAUUUGUAUUUCAACUCCCUAACAGUAGUGAGAAGUAUCACUCAGUGUUGACUUCUCCUGAAUAAGAGGGAGUGGAAUCAGCAUCUCUGAAUGCCACAGAGCACUCUCACUCCGAAUGGUGCAUGUUCUUCUGACACACAGGUCAAUAUUCACCGUUACAGUGGGUAUCAGACGUAUUCGCCCCCUUGAAUUUUUUUCCACCUUUUGUUAUAUUACAAAGUGGGAUUGAAAUGGAUUUAACUGAUUUACACAAAAUAAUCCAUAAUGUCAAAGUGAAAAUUAAAUAGUGCAAAUGUUUACAAAUGAAUACAAAUGAAAUAACUGAAAUAUAGUUGCAUAAGUAUUCCCCCCUUUGUUUAGGUAAGCCUAAAUGAGUUCAGUAGUCAAAUUUGGCACAACAAAUCACAUAAGAUACAUGGACACACUAUGACAUGAUUUUUUAAUGACUACCCCUUCCUGUGUACCAACUCAGUGGCCUCACACUAUAGAAACAGAAGAUAGGGUCCUGCCCUAUGAGCUGUUUCGUCUCGCACAAGGUAAGGAUACUUACUACCCCUUCCUCUGUCCCCCAUACAUACAACAUCUGUAAGGUCACUCAGUCAAGUAUUGAAUUUCAAGCACAGAUUCAACUACAAAGUCCAGCAAGGUUUUCAAAAGCCUCGUAAAGAAGGGUAGUGAUUGGUAGAUGGGUAACAAUAACAAAUCAGACAUUGAGUAUCUCUUUAAGCAUGGUCAAGUUAAUAAUUAUGCUGUGGAUUAUAUAUUAAACCACGCAGACGCAUCAAAGAUACAGUCGUCCUUCUGAACUGAGCUGCAGGACAGGAAUGAACCUGCUCAGGGAUGUCACCAUGAGGACAUUGGUGAUUGUAAAAGAAUACACUUUUUGGCCUAAAUGCAAAGCCUUAUGUUUGGGGCAAAUUCAACACAACACAUCACUAAGUAACUGCCUCCUUAUAUUCAAGCACAGUGUUGGCUGCAUCAUGGUAUCACCCGGGGAUACUUGACAUUGGCAAAGACUAGGGAGUUUUUCAAGAUAAAACUUUUGCUGUGUAGCCAUGACCCCAACACCUUGACAGAGCUUGAAUAAUUUUGAAAAGAAUAAUGGGGAAAUAUUGCACAAUUCAGGUGUGCAAAGCUCUUAGAGACUAAGCCAAGCUGACUCACCUUUGUAAUCACUGCCAAAGUUGUUUCUAACAUGUAUUUAGUCAGGGGGUGAAUACUUAUCUAACGUAUAUGAGUGUUAAAUUUUUAACAUACACUCUCACACACACACACGCACACGCACACACUCCAUGAUGUCCGUUUUAUGAAUCCUAUUUACAGUAUCAGCAUGUCGUAUGUCAAGUCUUUAUAACCUACAUCUUCAUAUUUCUCUGUAUUUAUUAUGGUAUUGACAAAGGAUAAACUGUCCUAAAGUGGUUGUGUACCCCUUGUGUUUUGUUCGUUCACCCGAGUCUAAUGACUUCGUAUGAGAGCUGGAGGCUUGGCUUGUGUUGUUAUUAACGCCAACACAGAGUACACUGUUUAAAACAGUCGUUUGAGAAGGGUGACAAAACACUAUCACAGAGAACGACAGUAACACUGAAUCCCAAAUGGAGCUCUAGCUCUCCUACCCCCCUAGGCUAGCUUGGUCCAACAUCGGUUUCAUCUCUAACAGUGGAGGC